AUCUUACUAUAUUUGAAAGAGGAAAGCCAGUGAGAACUUGUGAAAGAUCUGUCAGCUUCUGAAAAAUCUUCAUGCUAAAGGAUAAUCCAGGACUUCCUGAAGAAGAACCUAGUGAAUGUUAAUCCAGAGGAGCUGCCGGAGGAUCGUGCUCACGGGGAGAUGAUUCCUCAUGAAGUCACUGGAUCCCUUUCAGAUAUCAAAUGUGACUUUCCAUUUAUCAGACUGAAACCAGAGGCAGCCAGACAGUGAAGCAAGCACAGUGGAGGGGGGACGGCGAAAGAUGAAAUCCAACCAAGAGCGGAGCAAUGAAUGCCUGCCGCCCAAGAAGCGAGAAAUCCCGGCCACCAGCCUUCCUUCGGAGGUGAAGCCAGUCCUGCCGAACGAGAACCACCGUGCCGAUAACCUGGCAUGGCUGCCCAGCACCCCCAGCGGCCCGGGCGGCCUGGCGGGCAGGCACCGGCCUGCGGGCACCGCGGUGGAGGUGGGUUUACAGCAGGGUUUGCACAAGUCACUGUCUGCGGGAAUGGACUACUCGCCGCCGAGCGCGCCCAGGUCCGUUCCAGCCUCCACGACCCUUCCCACGGUGUACUCGCCCGCGCUCUCGCAGUCGGGGACGCCGGUGUCCCCCGUGCAGUACACACACCUGCAGCACACUUUCCAGUUCGUCGGGCCCCAGUACAGUGGACCAUAUGCCGGAUUCAUCCCCUCGCAGCUGAUUUCCCCAACAGCCAAUUCUGCAACUGGUGCCGUGGCGGCGGCCACGGCUGUUGCAACCACUCCAUCCCAGCGCUCCCAGCUGGAGGCUUAUUCCACCCUGCUGGCCAGCAUGAGCGGCCUAAGCCAGCAGGGCCACAAAGUGGAGCCGCACCUGGUUAGGACACCUGGACUGAUCGCCGCAGGGUCUCCUCCGCCCACCCAGCAAAACCAGUACGUGCACAUUUCCAGCUCUCCCCAGAGCGCCGUCAGAAACGUGUCUCCUCCCACCAUCCCGGUCCCUCUGCAUCCCCAUCAGACAGUGAUACCACACACACUCACCCUCGGCCCUUCCUCCCAAGUGGUGGUGCAGUACACCGACUCCGGGGGCCACUUUGUCACACGGGACCCCAUCAAGAAGGCCGAGAGCAGCCGGCUUCAGGCGCUGCAGGCCAAGGAGGUGCUGAACGGGGAGAUAGAGAAGAGCCGGCGGUACGGCAUUUCCCCUUCGGCCGACUUGGGCCUAGUCAAAGCAGGCAAUAAACCAGCUCCCCACCAUUACGAGGCCAGGCACGUGGUGGUCCACUCGAACCCUGCCGAGUACAGCACGCGGGAUUCCUCAGGCGUCCGGGCCUCUGUCAUGGUGGUACCCAACAGCAACACACCAACCGCAGACCUGGAGGUGCAGCAGGCCACCAACCGAGAGACCUCUCCCUCAACCCUCAACGACAAGGGAAGCUUGCACUUAGGAAAGCCAGCGCACCGGUCCUAUGCUUUAUCUCCACAACAGACUUUGGGCCACGAGGGGGUGAAAGCAGUUGCCACACUGUCCCCUCACACCGUCAUUCAGACAACCCACAGCGCCUCUGAGCAACUCCCCGUCGGGCUGCCGGCCACGGCCUUCUACGCCGGGACCCAGCCGCCGGUAAUCGGCUACUUGAGCAGCCAGCAGCAAGCGAUUGGGUACCCUGGAAACCUGCCACAGCACCUGGUGAUCCCUGGCACGCAACCCCUGCUGAUACCAGUCGGCAAUGCAGAUGUUGAGCCGUCAGGAGUAGCACCUGCAAUAGUCACUUCAUCUCCCCAGUUUGCAGCAGUGCCUCACACGUUUGUCACUACCGCCAUUCCCAAGAGCGAGAACUUCAGCGCUGAGUCCCUCACAACGCAGCCCGCCUACCAGGCAACCAUGGUGCAGGCCCAAAUCCACCUCCCCGUGGUGCAAUCCAUCGCUUCCCCCGCCGCGGCUCCUCCCACGCUGCCUCCGUACUUCAUGAAAGGGUCGAUCAUUCAGCUGGCCAACGGGGAGCUGAAGAAAGUAGAGGACUUAAAAACAGAAGACUUUAUACAGAGCGCGGAAAUUAGCAAUGACCUGAAAAUAGACUCCAGCACUGUGGAGAGGAUUGAAGACAGCCAUAACCCAGGCAUUGCUGUGAUACAGUUUGCUGUUGGAGAGCAUCGAGCACAGGUCAGCGUGGAGGUCUUGCUAGAAUACCCUUUUUUUGUAUUUGGACAAGGCUGGUCAUCCUGCUGCCCGGAGAGGACCAGCCAGCUCUUUGAUUUGCCAUGUUCGAAACUCUCGGUGGGGGACGUCUGCAUAUCGCUGACGCUCAAGAACCUGAAGAACGGCUCUAUUAAAAAGGGCCAGCCCGUGGAUUCAGCUAGUAUCUUGCUGAAGCAUUCAAAGAAUGACAGUCUAGCUGGAAGUAGACACAGGUAUGCGGAGCAGGAAAACGGGAUUAAUCAGGGAAGUGCACAGAUGUUAGCUGAGAAUGGUGAACUGAAGUUUCUGGACAAAAUAGGAUUGCCUGCAGCACCUUUGCUCACCAAAACAGAACCCAGCAAGCCCCCGGCGACGCGGAAGAGGAGGUGGUCAGCCCCCGAGACACGGAAACUAGAGAAAUCCGAAGAGGAGCCACCUUUGACUCUUCCCAAGCCUUCUUUUAUUCCUCAGGAGGUGAAGAUUUGCAUUGAAGGUCGAUCCAAUGUAGGAAAGUAAAAGUUGUUUGGGGAAAGGAAAUUAGGCUAUCCCUUGUCAUUUUUAUCCAGAUUACUGUACUGUAGACUAAAUAACCCAGUAUUUACAUGUUAUCAUCUUAUUUUAGGUUUAUGUUAUAACCUUGUUGUUAUAGUUGCAGCUGGUAUUAUGCAGGAGACUGGUGCAUAUGUUUUUCCACAAGUGUUUUGUCAGUGACUAGGUUUCUCGAGAGCUGCAGAAGGGGCAGUAUCUGCUUCACGCACCCUUAGUGGAAAUGAAUGUGUCGUCCUGGCUCCUGUUUGCUAACACCUCGCGUGGAACAGGGUCCAGCUGUGGUUUUGUUUCCUUCUCUUUUUGUUG